AUGAAAGCGAUUACACAGCAUCAAGCAACGUGUGACUUAUAUUCUAUAGGCUUAGACACCCGGGAGGUUGAAAAUGAAAAUGGAAAAAGAAUAUUUGGUAGCGAUUUGUCUUUAGGCGGCAUGAAAUUUAUUUCGAGAGUGGGAGACAAAAGUGCUACAAUGAGAUUAUCCAACAAUAUUAACAAAUUUUUUUCUGUUGAAAAUGCAUAG